AUGAUGAGGCCACUCUUUCUGUUCUUCCUUCUCUUCUCUAUCGCCUAUGCCUCCGAACAAAUCUUCCCUGCUCAUAUCGGUAGCAUAUUUGGUACUGCCGGUGCCGGUGCCGGUGGCAGUGGCCGCUCUCGUGAACCUAAAUACAAUAUCGAAUUCCAUCCCCUAGAUUCCCCAUUUAUCCCUGAUGAUGACCAGGAAUCUAUAACCAUACCAGAUAAAAAUGGACAGAGAUUUAUCUGUUACUUACCUAAAGUGGAAAAGGAAAAAAGUGGAAAGCCUGUUAUCCAGCACAAUGUUAGCAGUAUGAUUGUCGAAACUGAGAAAAGGAUUAAGCAGAAGACACCAGAUGAACUGCUAGAAGCAUUAAAGGGUCCAUGCUUUGUCAGGCAAGAAGGUUGGUGGUCAUAUGAAUUUUGCUAUCAAAAGAAGUUGCGGCAACUACAUUUGGAAGACGAUAAGAUUGUCCAGGGGUUUGUCCUGGGAGAGUAUGAUCCGGAGGCUACAGCUGCAUUUAACCAAAAUCUUUCUGACAUUUCUACAUUGAAGGAUCCCCGUUCAAAAGAUGCAUCUCAAAGGUAUCAUGCUCAUCAGUAUACUAAUGGAACCAUGUGUGAUCUUACAAAUAGGCCACGAGAGACUGAGGUGAGGUUUGUUUGCUCCGAACCCAGAGCAAUGAUUAGUUCAAUAACAGAGAUUUCCACUUGCAAGUAUGCACUUACAGUGCAAUGUCCAAUGCUAUGCAAGCACCCAUUGUUUCAAGAGGAGAUACCAGUAUGGCACACCAUCGACUGUAAUGUUCUCCCAAAGAAUUACGUGGAUGCCAAAGUGAGACAAGAAAACAAAAAUACGGACAUUGUUAUGGUCACAGAUUCAGAAAAUAAUGACUCGGAAUUAGAAUAA